AAGCGGGAAUGGGAAUAUUAGUGAUGACCCGUCCUACCCUGCUCACUAGGGGUGGGCAACGGGUAACGGGUAUUUGGGUAUACCCGUACCCGUCCCGUUUUUUUAGGGUUACGGGUACCCAUAAUACCCGUAAUAUUAUUAACGAAUGGGACUUGGGAUUGUACAUUACUACAAUGGGUACCCGCGGGUUACCCGCAAAUACCCGUUUGGGUAAUAUGAGUACCCGUUAAACCCGUUCAGUGUACAAAUGAUGAAAUUGAAAGGCACAAAGCUCGUUUCUCAAUUAUCUUCCUUCAGGUCAGGCCCAGCCCAGCAUGAACCCUUUCGAUGGCCUUUCCCAGUUUUCCUAAUUCCCUUGUCAACAGAUCAUAGGCGAGUGAGACUCCUCUCCUCGAUCGUCUUCGACAGGAAGGCGAACCGCGUCGCCAGCGCCCAACAGCUCGCCCUGACUCCUCUGACCUCUCCUCAGACUAUAGUCUCUUCGAUUGUCGCCGCAAUCAGAAUCUAUGUACCCUAGCCGUCGAUCCACCCAGUCGCGGCAAUCAGAAUUCUCAUCUCGGGACUCGGCUCAACUCUCCAAUUGUAGCGGCACUCUGAUCAUUCCACCUAGCCGUCAGCAGCAAUCUGGGUUCAAUCGCCGCAGAUGAGUUGCUCGUUUAUUUGCUGUUGAAUUGAUUUAUUCUAGUUGAACAAGGUUUAUAUUUAUAAUACAUGUUGAAAUACGGGGUAGCUGUUUAUUUUUAAUUCCAGGAAGAACAGAGUUGAAAGAUAAUGGAUUUGUUGUUUUGCUUGUUAUUACAUAGAUGUUUUGCAGGUCGUAGAAUGCAGCGGAUAAUGCUUGUUAGUUGUUAUGGUUUUGGUGUUUUGCUUCCCCCUUUAAUUUGUUGAUAAUGAACUCUAUUUUUGCAGGUUACAGCUGCCAGGGGGUCAGCGAAAUUGGAAUUCAAGAAUUGGCAGAUUGCAGAACACUCAGCAGCUUCCUAGUGGGAACAAACUGCAACGUGCCAGUUGGAACUAACAGCAACAGUUUCUUACUUUCUUAGUUGUUAAUGUUAUGGGUGCUUGGAAUGCUUUAUUCUAUGCCUUGUGAUUUUUCAUGAAUUUGUAUUAAGAAGGUACAAGUUAAGUUUAAAUUUUUAGUAAUCCAAACUUUGGGUAUUUAUUUAUGGGUAGUAUGGGUACUCGUUAUCCAUCCCGUACGGGUAAUGAAUACUCGUUUACUCAUAUGGGUUUGGGACAUGGGAUGGACUUUGAUCUCCAAACGGGAUUGGGUACCCGUUUCAAACGGGACAGGUAUCCCAUCCCGUUGCCCACCCCUACGUGCUCACUUACCUCCUCCAUAGAUCAAGAUCAUCCAUUCCUGAUUCAUCUCGUCUUCAAUUCAGCAAUCACCACUCACCAUUAAUUGGCAUCAUUACACACGCGAAGGAAAGGAAAGAAAGGGGGAAUCGUGAUCAAAAUCGAUCUUGAGAAAGCGUAUGACAGGCUGAGGUGGGAGUUCAUCAGGGACACCUUGAUUGAAAUUGGCCUUCCUAGUACCUGGAUUAGUAGAAUCAUGAUGUGUGUGGAAGGGAACAUGAUGAAAAUCAAUUGGAAUGGCACGUUGACUGAUUGGAUUCUUCCUUCCAGGGGUGUGAGGCAGGGAGAUCCAAUGUCACCUUACCUGUUUGUGCUUUGUAUGGAAAGGCUCUCCCACAGGAUCAAUGUUGCUGUGGAGAAUAAUCAAUGGAAACCCCUUUCCCUUACAUCCCUUGGUUUUAAGCUUUCUCGCCUAUUUUUUGCAGACGAUUUGAUUUUGUUUUCAGAAUCAGGAACAAAUCAUAUGGAGGUCAUCAAGAGGUGCUUAGAGGAUUUUUGUGAAAGUUCUGGGCAGAAGGUCAAUCUGAACAAGUCCAUGAUGUUUGUUUCACCAAACAUUAGUAGGCAAAAGGCUCAGUAGCUCAAUAAUCAAGCUGAUAUCCCUCUUACUAAUGACAUGGGAAGAUAUCUGGGCCUGAAUGCCAUUCAUGGAAGAGUUUCUAAAGCUAGAUACAAGGAGUUAGUUCUGUGUAUUCAGAAAAAACUUGCUUCCUGGAAGACUAACUACUUGUCUCUUGCUUCUCGUCUAACCCUGGUGAGAUCUAUUGCAUCUUCUAUGGCUGUCUAUACUAUGUUUUCAGAAUCUCUUCCAUCCUCGGUUUGCAAUUCUUUGGACAGGGUCAAUAGACAAUUUAUCUGGGAGAAGAGGAGGGAAAGAGCAAAUUCCACCCCAUCCCGUGGGAGCAGAUCACGCUUCCAAAGGAUAAGGGAGGAGCUGGAAUUCGUACAACCAGACUUGCCAAUCAGGCUAUGCUAGCUAAGGGCAGCUGGAAAUUGGUAACCAUGGAUAAUUGUUUGUGGACUAAUCUGUUCCUGAACAAGUAUGGAGGAAGUAGAGAGGGUCUCAACAUCCUUCAAAAGAAAUAGGGAAGCUCUCUCGCCUGGCGAAACUUUUUUUCUUCUGCUAAUGUGCUGAGGCAGGGUUUCUCUCUAAAUAUAAAGAAUGGUAGGCGGGCUAAUUUUUGGUGUGACUCUUGGGUUACGCGGGUACCUCUAAAGAACCUGGGUAUAAUUGACGUACCAGAGGAGCAAUUAGGGAAGACGGUUGCUGACCUGUGGGAGCCGGAUCAAGGGUGGAAGAUUGAUGAAUUUCAACACCUGCUUUCAGAGCAUAUCAUCAACAAGAUCAGAGCGACAAUAAUUGACCCGUUGGAUGCUGAAGGUGAUCAAGUGUUCUGGAGCCUUAGCACCAACGGACACUUCUCUGCCAACUCUGCUUACAAAGAAAUCCAACAACUCCCUGAACAACAACCUAGCCCAAUCUAGAAACGAAUUUGGAAGCUGCAAGUCCCUGUGAGAGUCAGGGUCUUCAUGUGGAUGGCUGCCAAGCAAAAGUUGACCACGAACAGCAUCAGGAAGGUUCGACACUUAACGCAGGAUGACUCUUGUCCUGAAUGUAGCAAUGUCAUCGAAACGAACCUCCACUGUCUGAGAGAUUUCAGAAGGGCUAAAUCAGUUUGGAAUAGAAUUUUGGAGCAACAACGAAAAUACAAUUUCUCCAAUACCAGCUGUGAUGAAUGGCUCAAAGCAAACAUCAUGGAUUAUUCUACUGGUAAUUGGCCAGGUCAGUGAAACAGCUUCUUCAGCCUAAUUCUUUAGUACAUUUGGAAGUGCAAGAAUGAAGGUAUUUUCAAGGG